UGCAUCCAUCCAGAGGAGCAGAGGUUUCACUCGAACCUGGCCGCUAUACCUGAAAGCGCGAGAUAACAGGGACCUGGCAAUGAUCUCACUGGACUUCAAUUUGAAUGUUUUGACAAGGGACCUGUCACUUUAUCUGGAAAACCAAGUGAAAGUUGGACUUUUUGGAUCUGGAGUAUUGUCACUGGUGCUUGGCUUCAGCGCAGCUUAUGUCUACUAUUACUUGAUCUCUGUCGCGAAGAAGCCCCAACUGAUUUCCGGUGGUAAGAAGUUCUACCAGUUCCUGCGGGACCAAUGUCCCGUGGUGUCAGAGACCUACUACCCCACCUUCUGGUGCUGGGAGAGCCGGAUCCAGACGGUGCUUAGGCCAUUCGUCACGGCUAAACCGGGGGUCAGCUACAGAAAUGAGCUCAUUGGAGCAGCAGAUGGAGGGCAGAUCUCUCUGGAUUGGUUCGACAACGAUGACAGCGCCUCCCACCCCAACUCGGCCACGCGCCCCACCGUCCUGCUGCUUCCAGGCCUGACCGGCACCAGCAGAGAGUCCUACAUCCUCCACAUGGUCCAGCAGAGCAGGGAGCUGGGAUAUAGGUGUGCGGUAUUCAACAACAGAGGGGUGUCUGGAGAAACUCUCUUGACCCCCAGAACGUACUGCGCUGCCAACACAGAGGACCUGGAGGCUGUCAUCGAACACAUCCAGAGGACAAAUGAGGACGCCCCUCUCAUGGCUGCUGGGGUCUCCAUGGGCGGGAUGAUGCUGGCAAACUACCUGGGGAAGAAGGGCAGGGAGACGUGUCUGAAGGGUGUGGUUGUGUUCUCGGCAGGCUGGGAUGUGUUUGCGUGCACAGCGUCACUGGAGAAGCCUCUGGACCGCUUCCUCUUCAACUCUUACCUCACUAGCUGCCUGCAGGCAGGUGUGGACAGACACAAAUCUGUCCUUGAGAAGAGUUACGACAUUGAUCAUGUGAUGAAGGCCAAGACCAUCCGUGAGUUUGAUGAGAGGUUCACGUCUAUAAUGUUUGGCUACCCCACCAACGAUGACUACUACCACGAUGCCAGUCCCAUCCACAAGCUCAAGUCUGUGCAGGUGCCCAUGUUGUGUCUAAACGCUGCAGACGACGUCUUCUCCCCCUGUCAUGCCAUUCCAGUGGAGGCAGUGAAGCAGAACCCUAACCUAGCCCUCCUUAUCACUUGCCAUGGGGGCCAUAUUGGUUUCCUGGAGGGCCUGUGGCCCCGACGGAGCACCUACAUGGAUCGCGUGUUCAAGCAGUUUGCCAAGGCCGUCAUCGAACAGGGUGGUGACCUGAAUGACCUUUCCAGCUAGUACGACCAGUUCUUCUCUUUUUCCUUCUCUCUGUCGUUCCUUCACACCUUCCUUUUCUCCCUCCCUCUCUCUUUCCUUCAUUCCUUUUCUCCUUCCCCCAGUCCUUCUCUCCUAACUUCCUCGUCUCCAUCCCUCCCUACAAGCAAAAAAAUAUAUAUAUAUUUUGAAGUGAACACCCUGUCACAAUCCAACAUUUGUCCGUCCACUCAUGUAUUCUUUCAUACAUUAAUUAAUUCAAUGUAUGUCCCCAUUAAUUCAUACUAUGCUUAUUCGAAAAAGUGAUUGCAAUUGCUCAUGUCGACGGUGAAAAGAUGAGUAUGUUCACAUUAGUUGUGCUAGCUAAAAUGUGUGUGGUGGAAAUACUUUUUCAAGUUGACAGAAGUACUGUAUGACAUAUUUUCCACUGUCGUUCCCCGUCCGUCAGUGUUCUCAACAACAACUUGUGUAUCAGUAGGAUUUUAGUCCUCAGGGAUUGUAUUUAUUUUUACAUAGUCUGUCUCUGUCUGUCUGUCUGUCUUUGUUAUGAAUGUGAAUGUUUUAUGUUGAAGAUCGUUAAUUCCUUUAAAAUUAAAAAAACAAAAACAUAUCUAAUCUCUCAUGACAGACAGCUAGCUGCUAUAGUAGCGUGAUACUUGGUUCUUGGUUCGAGAUGAUAACUUCACCUUACCCGAACAGAUCACAGUAUUUAUGUUCUCUUGAAUUGUUCUGCAUGCACUUUUGUUCACACAUUCUACCUGUGCGCACACCAAAUAGCUCUAACAAUGUAACUCAUUAUUAAUGAUAAGGAAUGUGAAAUUGCACUAUCUUAGUUUGAACAAACCAUGCCUCUAAUUCCUUCAUGCAAACACACUUGACUUCAAUUAUUUUUAAUAUGUAAGUAUCUAUACCCAAAAGGCCUAAUAAAUGAAUAUACGAAUACCACAGGGAGGUUAUUGUUGUCUAGGUUGUUAAAGACACAGCCAAGUCUUAGUUACUUCAUGGACCAGUACUGUAUUUUACCCUACUUGUAGGGUAUUUGCUGAGCAUAUCAACCUGAAACCUCACGUUAAAAUGAAGGUCCUAGAUACAGUGACGUGUAUGAUAUAUUGCACAUUUGAACAUAGGAUUGUGUUACAGUAAGAUGGGAUGUAUAUGCAUACCCUCUGUGUUGACUGUGAUCCUGCGCCAGAUGCAUAUUUCAUCAAUGCAGCCUGGUUGCCAGUUUAGUUCUGCUUAAGACAACAAUGAGAAUGGAGUUGUUUACCAUAAAGGAGUUCGCAAAAGUAGCACCUGAUUUGGCAACCGGACUGUCACCAAUGCACUGUUUCAGAAAUUGUCUGCAUACAAAAUGGCAACAUAUUCCCUAUAUAGUGCACUACCUUUGGCCAGAACCUCAUGCACCCUGGUCAAACGUUUUGCACUCUGUAGGGAAUAGGGUGUCAUUUCAAAUGCACCUAUGACUUUAUUCCUGUGGAAUUUGUAUGUUUCUUUAUUCUGCCCCGUGGCCAUUAAGUAGCAUGUGUCUCAUCGCCAUCACGUCCUGAACCUUACGACUUAGAACACUGCAUCAUAAUCAGUAGCACAAAGGACAUAUUUUGUUAGUCAUAUUUAUGAUAUUAUAUUUCAUUUUAUAUUAUAUAAAAAAAAAAAACAUUCUAUUUAACAUGUCUAGCAAUAAGAUUUUCAAAUUAAAUUGUCUAUGUGGUAAAAGUACCAGUAUAUACAUGUAUCAAUAUGAAGUGAAUUUUGCUGUAUGUAAUACAUUACUAAAUUAAGCCUA